AUGCUCCUUUCACCAGGCAAGUCUUCUUCUCUCCUCUGCCGUCAGAACCUCAAAUCCAACUCAGGCCUCUGGUCAAAGUUCAAGAAAAGAGCGUCAGAUUGGGACGGUGGCGGCGCGUCCACCCAGCAACCAGCUGCUCCAAUGAUGGGAAUGAUGAGUGGUGGAGGGAUGAUGGGCGGCGGCGCCGUGAUGCGCCAACGAUUCCUCACCCUCGUCCACGGCGAUAUGGAGACGAUCAAGCUUAUGCCAAACACCUACGCUGAAGCAGAAGCAAUGGCUCGCGAAUGGGUCCGACCACCCCCAGAGGCGAGUUUCCAUCUACGGGUUCCUGUCGAAUACGCUUCCCUGCAAGCUUCGCGUCUUAUCCACGGUCCAUGGCUCUGGAUCUCGUCAGAAGAAACGUACCAAAUAGCAGCGCAGGGAGUGCAUGGUCUCCGAAUCGAAAUCGUUACCGAUGCACCUCCCCCACCAGAAGAAGAACCUCCACCGCCGCCACCUCCCGUACUCGAGAUGCCUGCAACCUUCAACUUGGAACUCGCCCCAGGACGGGUGAUUAGCCUCGAGACCAGCUGUACCUCGGACGACCUCGACAUGUCGCGAACAGACGAAGGCGAGCUCGUGGCGGGCAUGUUCUGGGGAAACAUGAAAAUCGUGCAUGAGGGGGAUGACCAUUACGUCGAAUUUACCGGCACUCGAAAGGACGAAUCGGUUCUGCCAUCCGACUUUUUCUUUGACCAGCGCGUCAUGACCAAGUUGGCUGUCGCUGCGAAACCGACGACUGCACGAUGCCAUGUGUAUAUGAAUACGCCCGAAGUGCAGUAUGCGGAUAUCAUCCUCAACCUUCACGCCCUCUGGAAAUUUGGAACCACCUACCCAGAAGCCGACGCAAUUACAGAUCAUAGAGUCAAGUUUUUCGUUAGAGUACAUCCUGGUGGUGCAUUAGAGGACAUUAACCACCAGAUGGUCGUCUCUUCUCUCUACUACGAAGCCAUACCAGAUACGACUGCUUUUGAUCCAUCUUCCUAUAUCUCGCCAUAUAAUGGAUUUGCGAUGCCCACAUGUGACUUUAUUCCCCACAUCUCUCGCGUCCUGGACACACUCGGUCUCAGUCUCCAAACACGAACACAUUUUGUCAGCAACAACAUUGCUGCCUUUACGGCCCACAAGAACAUUGCAUACCGGUUCAUGUCACCCUCGCGGUUAACAGCAGCCAUUGAUAUUUCGGUAUCGAUGGACCAAUGCGUGUUCAACCGCUUGUUCCUCCUCUUCAAGGGAAUCUCUGACGAAGAGAUGAUGGAAUUUGCCGGUUCUGGAGAAAAAGAGGCUGCGCAGUUUGGCUGGACAGAUGUAGUCGGCUUCAAUCAGGCAAUCAAGGACCACACGCUUAACAGGAUCAUUGAGACGAGCAUUAUGGACUGCACAUAG